UACUAAUUCUACUGAAAAUUUAGUUUCAUCAAAUGUAAGCCCCCCUAAUAACUUCGCGUUUUUACAACGUUUAAAGCUCGACAGCGUUCUUCAUUUUGUGACAGAGCGCGUUUGAAUUUCCAUAUGCGGUGCGUGACAUCUAUCAUAUCCCAGAUUCUUGGUUACGCUAUUUUUGAUGGCGUGACUGCCUUAUUGACCGUAAAGGCCUGGGAGAAAUCCAUACUUGUUCUGAAUCGUCUCCUGGCUAAGAUGGAUCCUUCUGCCACAGAAAAAGAAGAUUCAUAUCUCACUGCAAUGGACGCAUAUGGAGAGAAAGCACCAAUAAUGAAAACGAUGACAGACUUUGUGCAAGAAGUCGCUACUCACGUGAUGGCCAAUAUCACAAAAGAUGGCAUCCCUGUGUUUCGUGUUCUUGGAGUUGGCAGUGGGCAAGGACAAAGUGACCUCAGAAUUCUAACUGGUAUUGCAACAGCGAUGGGAUCAUCCCAGACAAAGAGACCAACCAUUCAUUCUGUUAUCAUUGAACCAAACGAUACAAUGAUGGCAGAGUUUCAGACAUCUGUGUCAUCUUCAGCACAGCCUCUCACAAGUUUGGCCGAUGCGUCGUUCGAAUGGCACUUAAUGAGCUUCGAGAAGUUCACCGAGUCUUUUUCCCAAAUCGGGAGUUUCCACAUGGUUCAUUUUGUUGCAUCUCUGUACUACAUGGAUGCCGAAACAUCUCUUAAAAUCAGUUAUCAAUGGCUUGCUCGCGGUGGAGCAAUGUUUUGUACAGUCGGACCAGAAGAGUCGUUUUUCCCAAAACUAUCAAGAAAGCUCUACGGAAAAGUAGAUUUGGGCUCCAUUCACAAAUUUUACACCGAAGUAGAUCUUGUUAAUAUUGCCGUGAGGAAUAACUGGAAGUAUGAGGAACUGUGGAGAACGAACUACAGUGUAGACAUAAGCAGCUGUUUUGAUGAGUCAUCAGAAGAAGGCAGCCUUCUACUCGACUUCUUGACCCAUAAGCAAGAUUUUCGAGCCACUGCCGAUGAAGCCUUUUACAACGAGGUCGUGGAUUUUUUGAAUGAACAAUCUAUCAGCGAUGAUAAUGGGAGAAAAUUAAUUAAGCCAGAAAUUACUGCAGUUGUAAUUUACAAAUAAUCAUGCUACUGGUCUGCUAUUAUAUGAGAACCAAACAAUGUUUAUUUUGGCAUUUUAUUUAUUUGUCGGCAGAGCAGCUCCUUUAAUGACUCUGAACUUGAAACAAUCUCCAACAAAUUUGAGUCGAUUCAGGAAUUAAUACAGUUGAACCUCAGGUCGCAACCACCUCUCAUUAGCGACCACCUCUCCUCAGUGACCACUUUUAGAGCUAAAAGUCUGAAUUUUCUUUUGUUUUUAACCUCUC